UUGUCGUAGGAAUCAGGCAAGUCUGAAUCUUCCAAGCAACCACACCCAGUUGACCCAAAACGACCCAAUAAUAUAGUGCCCACGCUCGUUUCGCAGUUCCCGCGGUCCGCGAUGGCAGGCUACCGCACCCGCCCAGCAAACUGAACGCGCGCGCGCACCCGCGGCGGCGGACGGAGAGAAUCACACGAAAGACGAAACCAACCGAAAACCACGCCAAAACCAUGGCACCAUCGCCACGCGCGCACGCCUGCCUCCGUGUCCUCGUUCUGUCGUGCGUCUGCCUCGCCCUCCCGUGCCUCCCGCGCCACGCCGCGGCCCAGCCAGCCGCAGCGCCGGCCGACGAGGCGCAGCUGCUCCUCCAGAUCAAGCGCGCGUGGGGCGACCCGGCGCCGCUCGCGUCGUGGGGCGCCGCGAACGGGGCCACGCACUGCAACUGGGCCUACGUGUCCUGCGACGCGGCCGGCCGGGUCACGUCGCUCGCCCUCCCCAACGUCACGCUCGCCGGCACUGUCCCCGAGGCCAUCGGCGGCCUCUCCGGCCUCACGGUGCUCGACCUGCACAACACCAGCGUCGGCGGCGGCUUCCCGGCGUUCCUUUACAACCUCACCGGCAUCACGUCCAUCAACCUCUCGAAGAACCAGCUCGGCGGGGAGCUCCCGGCCGACAUCGGCCGCCUUGGAGCUGGGGGGAACCUGACUUACCUCGCCUUGGACCACAACAACUUCACCGGCGAAAUACCGGCGGCGGUAUCGAAGCUCAAGAGGCUGACUUACCUUGCUCUCAACGAAAACCAGCUCACCGGCACGAUCCCGCCGGAGCUCGGUGAGUUGACUAGCCUUCAGACGCUCAAGCUUGAGGUGAAUCCGUUCGGUGCCGGCAUACUGCCGCAGUCAUUCAAGAACUUGACGAAGCUAAGGACUGUCUGGAUGGGGCAGUGCAAACUCACCGGCGAAUUUCCGAGCUAUGUCACGGAGAUGUCGGAGAUUGAGUGGCUCGACCUGUCUGGGAACGCAUUCACCGGAAGCAUACCUUCUGGGAUCUGGAACCUCCAAAAGCUGCAGUACUUGUAUCUGUACAAGAACAACCUCUCCGGUGACCUCGUCAUCAACGGCCCGAUCGGAGCGACAGGUUUGGUAGAGGUCGACCUGUCCGAGAACCAGCUGAGUGGAACGAUCUCAGAAAGCUUCGGAAGCUUGGUGAACCUAAGGUUACUGAACUUGCACCAGAACUAUCUCUCUGGCGAGAUACCGGCGAGCAUUGUCCAACUACCCUCCUUGGUAUUCUUGUGGCUGUGGAGCAAUAACCUUACUGGAGUUCUCCCGGCGGAACUCGGGAAGCAGACGCCGUUGCUGAGAGACAUCCAGAUCGAUGAGAACGAUUUUUAUGGGCCAAUACCGGUGGGGAUCUGCGACCACCGGCAGUUGUGGGUGCUCACCGCCUCCGGUAACCGCUUGAACGGCUCAAUCCCGACCAGCCUUGCCAACUGCCCCGCUCUCAUAUGGCUGCAGCUCCAAGAUAACGACUUGUCCGGUGAGGUGCCGGCCGCUCUGUGGACGGAGACGAAGCUAACCACCCUGUAUUUGCACAAUAAUGGACAGCUAGGUGGAAGCCUGCCGGAGAAGCUGUACUGGAAUCUGACGAGGCUCUUCAUCGACAACAACCGGUUCACCGGCCGGCUUCCGGCAUCGGCCCCUCGGCUCCAGAAGUUUCACGCUGGAAAUAACUUGUUCUCUGGCGAUAUACCAGCGGGAUUCGUCGCCGGGAUGCCACUGCUGCAGGAGCUGGAUCUGUCAGUGAACCAGCUGUCCGGGGCAAUCCCGGCGAACAUUGCGUCGAUCAGUGGUCUGUCGCAGAUGAACUUCAGCAAUAACCAGCUCACCGGCGAGAUACCGGCCGGGUUAGGCUCCAUGCCGGUGCUCACCUUGCUCGACCUUUCGUCGAACCAGCUUUCCGGUGCCAUACCGCCGGCGCUGGGAUCGCUGAGAGUUAACCAGCUUAACUUGUCGUCGAACCAGCUCACCGGCGAGGUCCCGGUGGCGCUCGCUACCUCUGCCAACGACCGAAGCUUCUUGGCAAACCCGGGCCUCUGCACCGCGGCACCGUCGUCGGUGUACCUCACGGGCGUGCGCUCGUGUGCGGCCAACUCAUCCGACCAUGUCUCGCCGCGUCUCCGCGCGGGUCUCCUCGCGGCGGGUGCCGCGCUCCUCGUCGUCAUCGCGGCGCUCGCCUUCUUCGUGGUUCGCGACAUCAAGAGGCGAAACCGGCGGCUCGUUCAGGCCGAGGAGGCCUGGAAGCUCACCCCUUUCCAUCCUCUGGACUUCGGCGAGGCCUCCGUGCUGCGCGGGCUCUCCGACGAAAAUCUUAUCGGUAAGGGUGGCUCGGGGCGCGUGUACCGCGUCGCCUACACCAGCCGGAGCAGCGGUUGCAUGGGGGGCACCGUGGCCGUGAAGCGCAUAUGGACCGGCAGGAAGCUGAACAAGAACCUGGAGCGCGAGUUCGCGUCCGAGGUGGACAUCCUCGGCCACAUCCGGCAUACCAACAUCGUCAAGCUUCUGUGUUGCCUCUCCCGCGCGGAGACCAAGCUCCUCGUCUACGAGUACAUGGACAAUGGUAGCCUGGACAAGUGGCUGCACGGCGACAAAUGGCUGGCUGGAAGCGCUAUGGCGAGGGCCCCGUCUGUCCGGCGAGCGCCGCUGGACUGGCCGACGAGGGUCAGGGUGGCCGUAGGCGCCGCGCGGGGGCUGUGUUACAUGCACCACGAAUGCUCGCCGCCGAUCGUGCACCGGGACGUCAAGUCCAGCAACAUCUUGCUCGACUCGGAAUUCCAUGCCAAGGUCGCCGACUUCGGGCUCGCCCGGAUGUUGGUGCAGGCCGGCGCGCCCGACAACGUGUCCGCCGUCGCCGGAACAUUUGGUUACACGGCUCCCGAGUGCGCGUACACGAGGAAGGUGAACGAGAAGGUCGACGUGUACAGCUUCGGGGUUGUUCUCUUGGAGCUGAGCACUGGCAGGGAGGCCAACGACGGCGGCGAGCACGGCUCCCUGGCCGAGUGGGCGUGGCGGCACUUGCAGUCCGGUAAAAGGAUCGCCGAUGCCGCAGACAAGUGCCUCAGCGACGCGGGGUACGGCGAUGACGUCGAGGCCGUCUUCAAGCUCGGCAUCAUAUGCACCGGCGCCCAGCCGUCCACGCGGCCAACGAUGAAGGACGUGCUGCAGAUACUGCUGCGGUGCGAGCAGGCGCACCAGAAAACCGUGGACGAGAAUGUUGCCAACUACGACGCCGCUCCGCUGCUGCAGGUACGGGGAGGCAGCCGGCGGAAGCAGCUUUCCGACGCCAAAGGGGUCGACAAGGGCAAGGGCGGUUUGGACUGCGAAGUCUGAAGAAAAGCAGAGUGAGCAAUGGCGAUAAGAAGCUUGAUCGCCUGAGGUUAGGAUCUAGGACGAUACACUAGCAAGCCUUGUGCACAAUCUUAGGAGAGCAGAGCAAACGAAAGCCCAAUCACCACACCAACACUAGUUGCAAUAAAACUGAUGGACAAUGCCACAUCCUUUGGUGUGUAUGUACUGUAAGUGUAACUAUAUUUGGAAGCCAUGCAAGUAAAUUCAACCAUAUAUAUUGGAAGAAACAAGGAAGAGAACAGAUUUUCAAAUUC